GCAUGAAGAAAUUAACGAUACUUCUUUAUCUUUUGAGUUGUUCUGCCGGAUCGGUCACUCAAGAUCUUUGGUCUCUACCCGGACCCGAUGAAAAAAAUGGGAUCACUCCUUAUGGACUCGUUGAGAAUGAUUCUGGUCUAGUUCGUGGCCUAUUAGAAGUGGAAGGCGCUCUGGUGGGAUCCUCACGGACAUGCAGUCAGUUUGAUAAGGAUCGAGUGACAUUGCUUCUUCGACCCGAACCAAGGAAUCCCUUAGAUAUGAUGCAAAAUGGAUCUUGUUCUAUCCUUGAUCAGAGAUUUCUCUAUGAAAAAGACGAAUCGGAGUUUGAAGAGGGGGACGAGCGGCAACAGAUAGAGGAGGAUUUAUUCAAUCACAUAGUUUGGGCUCCUAGAAUAUGGCGCCCUUGGGGCUUUCUAUUUGAUUGUAUCGAAAGGCCCAAUGAAUUGGGAUUUCCCUAUUGGUCCAGGUCAUUUCGGGGCAAGCGGAUCGUUUAUGAUGAAGAGGAUGAGCUUCAAGAGAAUGAUUCGGAGUUCUUGCAGAAUGGAACCGUGCAGUACCAGACACGAGAUAUAUCUUCCAAAGAACAAGGCCUUUUUCGAAUAAGCCAAUUCAUUUGGGACCCUGCAGAUCCACUCUUUUUCCUAUUCAAAGCUCAGCCCUUUGUCUCUGUGUUUUCACAUCGAGAAUUAUUUGCAGAUGAAGAGAUGUCAAAGGGGCUUCUUACUCCCCAAAAAAAUCGUCCUACAUCUCUAUAUAAACGCUGGUUUAUCAAGAAGACGCAAGAAAAGCACUUCGAAUUGUUGAUUAAUCGCCAGAGAUGGCUUAGAACCAAUCGUUCAUUAUCUAAUGGAUCUUUCCGUUCUAAUACUCUAUCCGAGAGUUAUCAGUAUUUAUCAAAUCUGUUCCUAUCUAACGGAACACUAUUGGAUCAAAUGACAAAGGCAUUGUUGAGAAAAAGAUGGCUUUUCCCGGAUGAAAUGCAAAUUGGAUUCAUGGAACAGGAUAAGGAUUUCCCAUUCCUUAGCCAGAAAGAUAUGUGGCCAUGAAAGGCGAAGGAAGGCUGGAAUGCCAACAGGCGUCUAUUAUUGAAUUCACCCGACCCGACAGUACCCGUUUGGGGAACGUCCAGUACCAAAGUCACUGAAUGGGUAAGUCGCCAAUCCCUAAAACGGACUAUGUAAUGCUAUGUAAUGUACUUUAUCUGCUGGGUUACGGGCGGUCAUUUUACUAGUUAUAAUCUACCCUUGUGUGAUUCCUGUUGAAGCAUAUACUCGGGGGGUGGGUGCAGGGCGGACGAUUUUAAAGCGGACUCCCCAUUCAUUAGAUAGAGAAGAUGACCAAGAUUUCGUGAUCCGCUGCCGAACUUAUUCCAAGAGAGCUCGGAUCGAAUCGGUAUUGCUAUCCGAGCUCUCUUAUUGAAU